CAUGGCGGAAUUUUUGAUUCAGUGAAAGUGGCAUAUUUACCUCAUGAUCUUUUUUCCUACUUAAAUUUGAUUAUCAACACACUUUAAGGCAAAAAUUAGCGAUGCUCAGACAAAGCUUGUUUCGGCUAAGGAGUCCUAAGACCUUCCUCAGAGUAGCUUGGCCAGGAAAUGUUAAUUUAAAAUUAGCAACGAAGUACGAGGUGAAGCCAGUGAGCAACCUCUUUCAAAAAAGAACGUUGAUAUCCUCUUCAAGACAUGCAUUGACACGUGCUGAACCAAAAGGAGCUCAAAAACCAGCUGAAGAUGUUUUUAAGCGAUCAUCAAAGAGGGGUCCUGUAACAUGGGCUUCACUUGCUCUUUGUGCACUUGCUGGCGGAGGACUGCUGCUCUAUGUACGUCACCUCAAAGAGGAGAAAGAACAAGUGAAAAAGAAGCAGAAGAACAGAUCCCUAGGGAAAGUUGCACUUGGUGGACCCUUCAGUCUAAUAGAUCAUGACGGAAAAGCUGUUACAGACAAGGAUUUUCAUGGCAAAUGGAUUUUGCUAUACUUUGGCUUCACCCAUUGUCCUGAUAUUUGCCCUGAUGAGUUAGAAAAAAUGGGGAAAGCAAUUGACCUUGUUGAUGAGAGCAAAGAUGCACUUGGUGCAGAGCUUCAACCCCUCUUCAUAACAGUUGAUCCAUCGCGAGAUGAUGUCAAGGCUGUGAAGCAAUAUGUCCAAGAGUUUCAUCCCCGUCUCCUUGGUCUGACCGGUUCGCCUGAACAAGUCCAACAGGUUUGCAAGGCUUAUAGGGUAUACUUCAGUGCAGGACCAGCAGAUGAAGACAAUGACUACAUUGUUGACCACACCAUUAUUCAGUACCUUGUGGAUCCUUCGGGUGACUUUGCAGAGUAUUUUGGACAAAAUAAGACAGCAGAGGACAUUGCGGCAGGGAUUGUGAAACACAUGAUGUCAAACAAAUUCAAGCAAAAGAAAUAAUUCUGUAGAAACAUUUGUUCGCAUCAAAUACAUCAAGUGGAGGAUGAUCUGCAGGCACUGCCAGAAUUGGCUGAGGAAAAGCAAAACGUAAAUUUAUCAAGAAAACAGUCUUAGAACAUUUUUUUUUAAUUAAUCCAUUUAUCAUUUCAUUUACUUGUUACUUUUCUGACUUUAAUUUGUAUACUGUGUUGCUCAUGUUUUCAGCCAGGUCAUUGCAUUUAACAAUAUUGCAGUUGAAUCCUGUCAAAUGUGAACAUUAAACUCACAAUCAAACUGUCAUUUGCAAGUUUUCUAGACCAUCCACAGGAAACGAAAACAAAUAAAACCAAAGGAAAUCCUUUCAACAUUCAAUUUAAAUUACACUAUGGUUCUCAAUCGCCAACUGCUUUAAACAGACACAAGCAAACGUUCAAGGAAACUUAAUGAAAUGGGGUUGGGUUGCCUGUAAUGGACUGUUAGCAUUCUUAGUUAGUAACUUGCUUCUUUUGAAACUAGAAGAAGCUCUAAUAGUAAUGUAGUGGUGAGUGGGUGCCUAACAAUCCACCCAGAGAGAAUGUCAACUUAAAUGGUAAAAUUUAUAAUUAACUGAACUUGAGAGAGUAAAUCAGACAUUUGUUGUAACAUGUUUAUUAAUUAAUCAAAGUUAAAAAACACUGAAUUGAGAUCAGGUCUUGACAGGUUUUAUUUGAAUAAUUUCAUCUGUAAAGUUUUGAUCUUACACUUCAACCAAUUUAAUGUAUACCCGCUAUAGAUAUGGUGAUGACAGUUUUAGGUAUUAGGUAGAAGCAAAUCCUUCUGAUAUGGAAUACAACACUUCAAUCAUC